CAAAAUAAAUUAUUAUGGGAUUUUAGUAAUAUGUAGUCACUUACUAAGUUAUCCAUAACAAACUGCGUUAAACUAUGGAAUUUACAACUGUGAGCAGCCUUUCAGUGCGUCAACAGUUAUUGGUCAUCGCGAUGGGUUUCAUUGCGCUCUCCUUUGCUAACCAGCACGAAAGCUCAUAUUUUAGUUCAAUCCUGCUCGCCAGCCCAGCUGAUUCAACCUAACUGACUAGGCUGUGAGGACCGAGUCUGGAGGUAUCAGGGGUCUGUCUGGACCAGGGGUUUGUAGCUUUGGGGGAUCCAUGGCAUGCUGUUUGGGGUGGAGGAAUGUUAACGGACUCUGUCGGCCGGUGUGUGGAAAGCCAUGUGUGAAGGGAGAGUGUGUGGGUCCAGACAAGUGCUCCUGUAUAGCUGGUUACAUGGGGCAGCAAUGUGAAGAAGAUGUGAACGAGUGUGGCGUGGCUGUGCGGCCGUGCUCCCAGCGCUGCAUGAACCUCCCAGGGAGCUACCGCUGCUACUGUGACCCCGGCUACACCCUCAACACAGACGGACACACCUGCACCCGAGAGCUGGAGUGUGUCUCUGGUCGUUGUCAGUUUGGUUGCCAGAUAGAAAAAGGGGGAGAGGUGCACUGUCUGUGUCCCCCCGGUCUCCACCUGGCCAAGGACAACAGGACAUGUGAAGAUGUGAAUGAGUGUUUGGAGUUGUCUGACGCGUGCCCACCUCGGCGAACCUGUAAGAACACCUUCGGCAGCUUUGUGUGUGUGUGCAGGGAUGGCUUCGUGUUGGGGAUGCUCCACAACUCUGUGCAGUGCCGAGACCACGACGAGUGUGUGACCGGUAGUCACGGGUGCAGCCGGCACGCCCGGUGCAUCAACACAGACGGCUCGUACAUCUGCCAGUGUGCGGAGGAGUAUGCAGGCAACGGGCUCACCUGCUGGCACAGGAAAACCACUCAGUCAAAGUCUACCAUGUACUUCCAAUACAAACUGUCCAAAAGAACUAAAUCCACACAACCUUUGGGGUGAGGAUGACUCUGAUAUAACACCAAUUCCAAAGCAAAAGUUGGUGUUCAUUUUGAGUUGAGAGGAUAAAUGUGCUGAUGUGUGUAAAUGUGAGGGGGCAGGACUUCAAAGGAAAAUUCAGGAGGUAUUGGGGGAAAAAAUGGUGGAAACGAAUAUUAGUUCUCACUCAUUCUGGCAACAUAAUGUAAGCACAGUAAUGUUAAGAAUUCGCCAUUCAACUGGAAAGUGGGGUCACUUUGUGUUUUAGCCUGUCAUUGGUCCCCCUCAACAACCAGUCAACAGGGGUGUAGAUAUAUGGUACCAUUAGCAGUCAGGUUGUUUGAUGUAUGUCGAGCCACUCAUUUCACGAACACACUCUAUGACCGACCACACUCUGUAGUUUGCCUUUCCGUUUGUGUUUCUGGUCAAAAUGUCACAGCGUACAAUUUUAUUUGUUUAGGUUCCCAGAUAAUAACUCUGUCACACGAUUUUCACUGCUUUGACAUUUCCAACUAACGAUGUAUCUCGAACAAUAUUUUAUCUAGGUUUUUAUGUUCUUUUCUAUAAUUUGUGCUGAGGGUCACAGCCAAAGAAAACCAAUUUAAAUGUUGUGCACCAGUUUAUUCCUUAAAAAAAGAAAUAUUUUUAUCAAUAUUUGUUAAUAGAAGGCUGACCUCUGGUGGAAAGAUAAGGAUAAAUAGUUAUUCUUUGCGUCAUGUGUGCCUGUGAGAUGUGAUCAAGAACCUUUUUUACAGUCACUAUUUCACAAGAACGGAAAAAUGAAUUACUUUCCAAGAGAAACCUUUGAUUCCAAAUUGCAGACAUAUAGUUUAGUCCGCAUUUCAGGUGACUUUUCAUUUAUGUCAAUAAAGUGAUUUGUUGGU